AUGCGACUCCCUUUACGCCCACAUCUAUCAGCAUAUGUCUGCUCAUCGUGUAGACAUGGUCUUCUCAACACAAGGCUCGCGUCCACUUCCGCCAGCCCUCCAAUCCCCGAGAUCUAUGACAUCGUGUGCGUUGGGGGCGGGCCUGCCGGCCUCGCCCUACUAGCAGCUCUGCGUGCCUCUCCUAUUACUUCGAAGCUGAAAGUCGCGCUUGUUGAAAGCCAGGACAUCAGCAAGGCCAAACAAUGGAAGCUCGAUUCCGCUCAGUAUUCAAACCGCGUGAGCAGCCUGACUCCUUCGUCCGUCGCCUUCCUUCAGAAAAUCGGCGUGUGGGCACAUGUCGAUGCCUCCCGUGUUCAGCCCUACGAGGAGAUGGAAGUGUGGGACGGGGUGACUGGGUCGAGGAUAUCGUUUGACUGGUCUGCCAACUUGCUUCCGGGCGGUUCUUCUCAGACAAUUGCAACGAUGACGGAAAACGCGAAUUUAAUUCGCGGCUUACUUUCUCGGAUAGAGUCACUGGGCGAUGGAGUUUCUGUCUUCUCGUCGACCACCGUUGCUGCCAUUGAGAAUGGAGUCGAUCACUCGGACGGACCUGAUCUGUCCGCGUGGCCGGUGCUGUCACUUUCUUCGUCGUCUGCCGCUGCAGGGAAAGAUUCUGAACUACCGAAAAUUGCUGCACGACUUCUUGUGGGGGCGGAUGGUAUCAAUAGCCCUGUUCGAUCUUUCGCGGACAUAUCAACAGACGGCUGGGAUUACAAUCGACAUGGUGUUGUAGCUACUCUCGAGCUAUCACCCUCAGAUACCUCUUCUCUGAAGCCAGUAACAGCCUACCAACGUUUUCUUCCCGGUAUCGGCGGGCCAGUUGCUAUGCUCCCACUUCCUGGCAAUUAUGCUACACUGGUUUGGUCUACCACCGUCCAAAAUGCGGCAUAUUUGAAAUCCCUUCCCCCGGAGGCCUUCACUUCGAUGGUGAACGCUGCAUUUCGAUUAUCGAUGACAGACUUAAACUAUAUGUUUACUCUCCCAUCUUCGUCUUCAGACCCAUCGAAUCAACACAACGAAGAGCUAUCCUGGCGCUUAAAUCAUACCCCUUGCCCUUCGUCCAUCCCCCCUAUGGUUGGUGGCGUUCAACCCCGAACCAUCGCUUCCUUCCCUCUUAGACACCGCCAUGCCUCUACAUAUAUCUCACCUCGAAUUGCCCUUGUUGGAGAUGCCGCACAUGUUAUCCACCCCCUCGGUGGCCUGGGCUUGAACCUGGGUGUCGCAGACGUAGCUUCACUUCACGGUUCGAUAGAAUAUGCUAUACAGCACGGUAUGGAUAUUGGAGACCUACUGAGCCUGGAACGCUACGCUGCUGACAGGUGGUAUCCCAACGCAAAGAUUGGCGCUGGGUGUGAUUUUCUCCAUAAACUGUAUAACGUUCCUGGAAACGGACCAGUGGCGUGGGCAAGGGGUUUUGGUUUGGACAUGGUGAAUCGAGUCCCUGCUGUCAAAAAUAUCUUAAUGAAGGUUGCUUCUGGUGCAUAA